CAGUUUCUGGGGCAGAACUAGAGGAGGCUACUAGCCCGAGUGUGGGCGGCCACGGGACCCAAAAUCCGGCAAGGUCAAUAGAGACCUCCUCCUCUUCCCUUGACACCAUCAGCUACACUGACCUCACCGGUGUUCUGGCUCGCUCCAAGAGGUAGGGUACAGUUCCCAGCCAAGGCCCGGGUGUUUGAUCCAGUUGCAGGAUGGGGCUGAAGCGCGUUGUGAUCGGUACCCUUUCCUUCCUGAUCUUAUGUAUCGUGGCCGCCCUGGUCCUCAACUGGUGUGGGAAAAUCAGUGUUCCAGGCAACAAGUACGGGAUGGUGUUCGACGCCGGCUCCUCGCACACCAAGCUCUUCUUGUACGAGUGGCCGGCAGAGAAGGAGAACGGCACCGGCCUCGUCUUCGAGAUCCAGAGCUGUGAGGUCAAAGGCGCGGGCAUCUCCAGCUACGCCAACCAACCGCAGGAAGCCGGGAAUUCUCUCCGGGAGUGUCUGGACCAGGCCAUGAAGGUCAUCCCCCCGGCCAGGCAGAGGAAGACGCCCGCCUUCCUCGGUGCCACUGCCGGCAUGCGGCUUCUCAGGUUGCGGAACAAGACGGCGGCAGACCAGAUCAUGGAAGAAGUGGCUAAGACCAUCAGUUGUUACCCCGUAGACUUCCGGGCAGCACAAAUCAUCUCAGGGAAAGAGGAAGGAGGUUAUGGCUGGCUCACUAUCAACUACCUCCUGAAAUCCUUCACUGAGGGAAAGGAGGUCCUGGGGGCCCUGGAUCUGGGAGGAGCCUCCACCCAGAUCAGCUUCAUUCCCCACGGUGGCGUCAAAAACCCAAACACAUCCUCCAGCUACCAGCUGUAUGGGCGCGACUAUUCCAUCUACACACACAGCUACCUCUGCUACGGGCAGGACCAGGCACGGAAGCAAGUCGUCCAGAGACUCGUGGAGAAAAACCCCCAAACCGAGGUCCAGCACCCCUGUUACCCCAAGGAUUUCAAAAGGACAGUGAACCUCGGUGAAGAGUUGGCCAGUCCCUGCACGAAUCAGCAGUCGGCCAUCCAGUCGGGGCCCCCAGAACGGGUCCUGAGAGGGACGGGGAAUUUCGACCAGUGCCAGAAAGUCGUCCUUCAGAUCUUCAACUUCUCCGGCUGCCAGACCGAACACUGUGCUUUCAAUGGGAUCUACCAGCCUCCGAUCACCGGGAAGUUCUAUGCUUUCUCUGCCUACUACUAUACCUUCAACUUCCUCAACCUGAUCUCCGAGGAAAACGUGACCGAGGUCGAAAACACCAUUAGGAGGUUCUGCACCCGGUCCUGGGAUGACCUCAGGAGGAGUUACCCAAAGGAGGAGGAGAAGAGAUUGCAGAACUACUGUGGCAACGCCGUCUACAUCCUCACCCUCCUCCUGCGAGGCUACAAGUUCACCGAAGCAAACUGGAGCUCCAUCAAGUUCAAGCAGCACGCUGGCGACUCAGAGAUCGGCUGGACGCUGGGCUACGUGCUGAACCUGACCAACUCCAUCCCCCAGGGCAAGAAAAAGUUUAUCCAUGAGUUUAAGCCCUGGGUGGCCUCCAUCUUCUUCAUCUCCCUGGUGCUGUUGGUGGCCGUCGUCCUGCUGGUCGCCGUCAUCUGUGAAAAGGGAGAGUAGGGAUUUGGAUUUUCCUAGGGCUUCAUGCCUCUUGCCACAGUCUCAGAAUUGGUUUUCUCCUGGGUUCGGGAAAGAGGGCUCCCUCUGAUCUUCGUCUGCUCUCCCUGCUGCGGGGACCCCUCGAUGUCCUCUCCCGGGGGAGCGGGGCUGGGAGGGAAUGAAAGGGGACCCCGAGUGGGAAUGAUGGGUAGGUGUGGGAGGGAAGGAUGGGUAAGAUUGAGAAGUAAUUGUGGGUAAUCCUAGGAGGGAAUCAGGGGUCAUCCUGGGAGGAAAUAAUAAGGAAGGCUAGGAAAUAAUGAUGUGUAAACUUGGGAGGGAAUGAUAGAUAAACCUGGAAGGGAAUGAUGUGCAAUCUUAAUAAUGUUGGUAUUUGUUAAGCGCUUACUAUGUGCCGAGCACUGUUCUAAGCGCUGGGGUAGACAUA